UCGAAAAAGAGUUUCUGCAGUUUUUGUUACUUUUAACCCGUGCUUUUAACUCUGCUUUCCUCGAUAAUAAUUUACCAAAAACAGCACAUUAAUGUUAUUUAAAUAGUGUAGUUUUAAGCAAAACCUUCGAAGAUGGGGCGUCGAUCAAUAAAUACCACUAAAAGUGGUAAAUAUAUGAACCCCACAGAUCAAGCACGAAAGGAAGCAAGAAAAAAGGAAUUAAAGAAGAACAAGCGGCAAAGACAGAUGGUUCGCGCCGCUGUGUUAAAAAUGAAAGACCCCACUCAGAUUCUUGAAGAGCUUCAGAAGAUUGAUGAAAUGGAGUACAAUGUCCUGCAACCGUCACCACUGAAUGAGAAAGUACUUAAAGAAAAGAGGAAAAAGUUAAAGGAAACCUUUGACAGAGUUCUCAAGAUGUAUGAUAAAGACGAUCCAGAGAAAUGGGUAGAGCUGAAACGUCAGGAAAUGGAAUAUGAGAAGAGGAGAGCACAUCUUAUAUCUUACUACGAGUCUGUGAAACACGCACAAUCUGUGCAAGUUGAUGACAUUCCCUUGCCAACAUUACAGAUUCCAGAUAACAUAUUAUUUGGUAACCUGCCAUCUCAAAUACCGUUGCCGAUGGACUCUGGACAUACCAACAUGCCUGUACGACCAAUAUUGAAGAAGGACUCUGCUUAUAGAGAACGUCCUACAGGCGUAGAACCGCCCGGUGUCCCGCCCGGCCCGCCGCCAGACUACGAAGUUUUGUUACACGAGCUAACCCUCACUGACAAACACCAUGUGGUGAAGGAGAAGAAGAACCUACGAUUUGUGGAUCUACCUGAUGAGGGACCGCCGGGAGAGCCUGUGAUGAUACCACCACCGUCCGACCAUCACCAUGAUAACCACCAUGACGAUCACCACGACGAGCCUAUGGACGACCACUCACCACCAGCCAACGCGCCAAAACCGACCUCCCUGCAACAGCGCAUGUUGGCACUCUCGGGGCAGAACAUAGAUGACUUCAUGAAAGAGAUGGAAGAAGUACACAAGAAGAGAGAAAGAGAUAGAGCGGCGGAUUUGAAUGCGAGACUGAGCGCCCUGAAGCACCGUGACCGUGACAGCGACACGGACAGCGAGCCCGACCACGACUGGCAGCCCGAACACGACCCGCGACACGCGCCGCCGCCGCUCAUGCCGCCAGGUGUGAGGCCCCCGCUGCUGCGGCAGCUGGUGCCCCCGGGGGCCCCGCCCGGCGCGCCGCCCGGUAUACCCGGACCGCCCGGCCCGCCGCCGCUACAUGUUAUGCCCGGUGGGCUGCCCCCUGGCCCUCCGGGGCCCCCCGCCGGUCUGCCGGGCCUCGCGCGUGGUCUGCGACCCCCCGGCCCGCCGCCAGGGGCCCCACGCCUGCUGCGCCCGCUAGCACCGCACGUCUCAGUACUGACCGCGGCCCCGCAGCUUAUUACCAAGAAGGAUGGAGCUCAAGGUGCAACUAUAAGCGCGAAACCUCAAAUCCGCAACCUGUCUGCCGACGUCACGCGGUUCGUGCCCUCGGCUCUUAGGGUCAAACGAGAGGACAAGAGGUCAAAGAUCGAGGUCAAGUCUAUACCUCGACCCGCCGAUAUACCUAAGGCACCAAGCAAAGACGACGCAUACAUGCAGUUCAUGAAGGAAAUGGAGGGACUAUUAUAAAUAAAUGAUUUUAAG